UUACGCUCUGCUGCAGAAUUUAAGGUGGAACGGAAUUUCGAUAAGGAGGCUGGGCGACUAGGCGCUGACAUUAGCCUCGUAAAAAUAUCAGGCCAUUAAAUGAACGACGCGCGUUUCUGAGGGUGGAUUUAACCCCAUUUAACCCCAUGUUAAUACUGGGGAUUAAUAAAAUAUACAAGGAGGAUAUUUCGACCCCCAGCUGUGAGAAAUGGCAGCUGUGAGCUCUUCAGAGCCGCUGUGUCUCCCGUGUGGGUACAGUUCCAGCUUUAAAGUUGAGCUGUACGUGAAAAAGCCCCUGAUGCUCAUCCAGCUGAGCCCUGAGCAGGUAGCACUGGAGAUGCUGAGCCUGUGCAGCCAGCUGGACCUUCUCAUCAGGGCUCAGGUCCAUCAGUUUCAGGGGCAGCUUAAGCAAGACACAAGCCCUGAAGAAUCUGAAUCUUUCCAAAAACAAGGAGCUGAGAUUAUAGAUCAGAUGAACCAGUGCCUCGAACACCUGCCUAAACCCGCACCACUGCUAGAGGAUUACUUGGACAUCGCCGGGUUGUCUGUUAUGUUUCCUCGAGUAGAAGUUUACAUUAUCCACGGCAGCCCUGUAGAUAUGCUGGAGCUACCACCUCUGGAUGGGUAUUUCCCUCACCUUGGGAAGCUGAACCAGUUGGUGGUUCUGAGUCAGCAGCUAGAAGACGAUGUAAAGCACCUAGGGAGCCACAAGUACAUCGCUCAUCAGCUUGCAGUUAUAUAUCAAGUGAUAAACUCUCUCAGUGACACAUUACCACUGAUCACUAUAAAGAGGGAUAUUGAGGCCAACUUUAAGAAGAUGAAGAUGUCUUUAGUGACAGAGGAGGGGUCCAAGCAAGAGCCGCAGUUGUCAGCCCAGUACAUCAACUGGAUAUCACAGUUAACACACAACAUCAUAUCAACUGUAUCCUCACUCACAGAAGAAGUCUCUGAGGAACUCAGCCCAGUCAUGUCAUUCGUCUCCAAGUGGUCCUGACAGAACUCUUUCUUAGUCUGUAGGCAGCUUAAUAAGUAGGAGGAAAUUCAUUGUUACUGCUCAGUAGAAAUAUAACAUAGAAGUAACAUACUGUUAUUUCCAGAUAAUAAGUUGUUCAUAAAAGAGGGGAGCAGAGAGGAAGAUCAUUCACUACUGUAUAAUCAGUAUUACUUGCACUAGAGUUUAGUUUCAUGGUAAGAACCACUUACACCACUGCCCUGAAAAAUUCUCUGCAGUCAUCUAGACAUAACUAGUGACACAGAACAGAUUGUGCGAAUGACUAGAUGCAGCCAUGAAUCACAUAUGCUACUGUUAAUGAUGCCAAUAUCCUUUUUGUUCUGUUGUUUCUGUUCAGUUAUUUAUGGUGCUAACAAUAUUUAACAGUUACAUUUCCAAUACAAUUAAACAUCUGUAAUUUCA